GUUACUGCAUGGCGGAACAAGCGUGACUGUAGACUAUAGUAACCGUGUUCAGUUUUAUUGAGUUGAAGCUGGUCCAUUUUCAUUUUGAACAAGAACAUUUAAACGUGCUUCGAAGGUGUCCAGCUCCCUGUAUAUAUUGACACGGAGUUUGUUCAAAAAAUACCAUCGUUGUGUCUGUUUGUCAGUCUGCUAGUGAGCUCUCUGAGCAGUCAGGAUAUGUGCUCUCAGACGAAAGCUGCAGCCCUGAUGGCUAACAUCCCGCGGGCAGACAUCGACCCCUCCGGAGUGUUUAAGUACGUCCUGAUAAGAGUUCACAGCAGAGAGGAGGGGGACGACUCGGAGAUAGAUAUAGUCCGAGGAUACGGCUGGGCUGAGUUCCAUGCUGAUAUCUAUGAUAAAGUUUCUGAGGAGCUGGAGAAGGGCGGCCACCUGGACUGUGAGUGUAUCGGAGGAGGGAGGAUCCAACAUGACCCCCAGGACAAGAAGAUCCACGUCUAUGGAUACUCAAUAGGAUUUGGAAGAGCGAACCAUGCAGUAACCACUGAGCAACUGAAGGCUCAGUAUCUGGACUAUGAGGUGACCUGGGACAAUGAAGGAUACUGAACUGAACUCAGAUCAGCGUCUGUUGGACGCCCUUUCUCCUGGACAGUACGGCACUCAUCUGUAACCUGGAGCUUUUUGAUAACCCAAGACUAAGACUGACGUACAGCUUCAAGUCCUAUUCAAAAGACAAGCCGGUUUUGGACUUAUCUUAAGUAACAAUAUGUCUUUAAAAAAAGAAAUCAUGAUCGUAAUUAUAAUCAGUACCAUAGAACAUCAUCUGGAAAUCAUAAAGUAAAUAACACUCAUUGACUUGUUUUAGAGUCACAUUGGAACUAAUUGCUAAGAUAUGUUGUGAUAUUUCAUAAAUGUUUUAUGAAAUGAACUUUAAAGUCUUGUGCAUACUUCGUCUGUUGCAGACUUGUAUUCCUCUGGUCCACUGACAGGAAUGUGAACUGCUGAUGAAUGUUAUGCAUUCUGUAGCGACAGCAGGAAACAAACUAAGUCGCUGAGAGGCUGAGGCCGGGCCUGUUUGAUGUUGUAUGACACGCUAAAAAAGUACUCGCUGAGAUCUGAAGCUCUGUUUCGUAGUAUGGUAGUUUAAUGAAACAACUCGGUGAUCAGACAUAUACAUUGUUAUAAUCCAAGCAAUUGUAAUCUUGCGGUCAACAAAAAAAAUACAACGGCCCCGUGUCACCCCCUCUUCCACACACCCACACCUCACACAGGUGAACAGGAUUAUGAGUGCCACCCAUACCCAUGUGACCCAAGCCAACCAAUCAAUAUUGAUCAUGGCUCCUACGCAUUCAUUUUAGUUUUUUGGUGUUUUACGGCUAACACAACAAGAUGGAAUUACAACAUUGUACUAUUGUGUAGGAAAAAUGUAUUUAAGGAACGGGUAUGUCAAUUUUGAAAAAGAAAUCUCAGAAUUAGUCAGAUAUUAAAUUGGUACAUUUACAAGACAACACCUUAGAUAUUGUCAUAAUAAACAAAAAACUGAAUGCUAAAAGUUCAUUUUAAGCUAGCAUCAGCACAAAGAAUGGAAGCAGGGAGAACCGUCCCAUCAAAAGUGAAACAUGCCGUCAAGCAACCUAAUAAAUAUAAACAUUUGCUAG